GGAAUUUGUUCACUACACAAUAUAUUCAGUUUCAUCAUCAAAUAUAAAUUGAAGGUGGUUCAUCAUUUCAAAAAGAUAAAAGACAGAUCAUGUAAGACAUGUAUUGUUUAAAUGGAUAAUCUCUCAAGGAUUUAUUUUUGCCCUAAAUAGAGCGUGAUAUGAGUUUAGAGUUGUCACAGGAUGGAUGAUAAUAUCAUUAGGCUUAUGCCAAAGAAAGAAUAUGUUUCUGCUUAUUCUGAAUACAUGAGAGAAAACUCUGGAGCUAACUUGUCUUCAUCCGCCAUUGCUGGUAUCGUUAUAGGAGUAAUCUUUGGUAUUAUAUUAAUUAUUCUACUUGGUAUAUUAAUUUACUAUUGUCGUCUACGAUAUUCACGUUAUCAAUCUGCUUAUGAUACAGAUGAAGCACUUGGAAAUCAUUUUCAAUCCGCUGAACAUGCAUUACAACAAAAAUAUCAUAAUCAUCCUGAUGUUAAAGCAGAAUUGUAUAUAUAAUAAUUAUAAUUAUUCUUUAUGUAUAGAUUCACGAUAAUACAUAAAUUACAGUUUGUUUUUAAACAACAACAAAAAAUGGAUCAAUUAAUUAAUCAAUAAUUGUACAUUGUACAUUGAUAUGUAAAAUAUAUUGAUAUAAAUAAGUAUAUGAAAUGAGUUUAAAAAUUUGAAAAUCACAUACACACACACACGCCCACAUACAUACAUAAACAUACAAUGUAUAGGUGAUGAAUACGUUUGACAUUUAAAACGAAAAGAAAUAAAACAACAAUUCUUAUGAUUAUUUCUUUUCUCAAUGUUUAUGUACAAAUUUAAUUUCCCUUUUUUUCUCGUUAUUGAAAUAUAUAAACAAAUAUAUAUAUAUAUAUAUAUAUAUAUAUAUAUAUAUAUAUAUUUCCAUAUAAUUUAUAUUUUAUCAUGUAUUUAUAUUUGUAUAGAAAUUUAAUAAAACAAAUUUACAUCAAACGUAUCUCUUAUUAUAAUUAUGCUUAAUGUGUGUUUUAUUAAAAUAAUUAUGACGUAAUUUUAAAGAAAUUUAUUCAUUGAAAUAUAUUUCAUUAAUUUCUUUUUAAUAAAAUCCAUUAUAUGAUCCAUG